UUUGCUUUGUUUUCGUUCCGUUCCGUGUUAACCAAUUCCCAUCGCUAGCCAAUUACACACAUACUAUGUAUAAGAUAUAUAUUCACUGCGAUAACAACCAUAGAAGCUUUCACUCCAACAAAAGCUCCAGUAGCUGACUCACAAACGCCGGGAACGACGGAGUGAUAUCAUUUCACGUUUUGGCUUUGGUCGUUCUGUUGAGUUUUGCUACCAUCGCCACCAUGUCCAACGUUCCAAUUGUAGGCGGAAUUAGUCAGCUGGAGGGGAAUGAGAGGAAGGAGGCUCUGGAACUCCUCGAUGCCACUCUCGCACAGUUGGCCACCGGAGAUGGACCCAGCUUCAAGGCACUUAAUGUGACCUCUGUGACGGGUCAGGUCGUAGCUGGAAGCCUCAACACCUACGAGGUUCAGCUGGACAAUGGAUCCGAGAUAAAACAGGGCACUGUGAAGAUCUGGAGUCAGCCAUGGCUAAAGGAGAACGGCACCAACAUCAAGAUCAAGUUCGCGGGUGAGGACGACGAACUGGACCAAACUUGGUAGAAGGUUUUACCUUACUUCAACUCUGAAUAGUGCAGAUCUUAAAUGUUAUACGUAUGUGUUAUACAGGACUUGCCUUUGCAAAGGUUUUAGUCUUAAAUUAUAGAAACCCUCAGGGGAACCAUAUUCUUGAGACCUCAGGUAGCGUGCAGAAGAGAGCCUUACCUUUACUAUCUGGGAGGAUUUAUGUACAUAUGUACAUUUGGUUUCACUAGAACCUUAUCUAAUGGAAAAGGUUCUUUUAGGUUUCCGGUACACACCCAUAAAGUAGGUUAUAAAACUGAUUCGAUGUUGGUUAACCAGUUCUGUUGGCAUAACCAGUUUGCUUAUAUCUCAAUAUAUAUAUAUCUCAAUAGGUAAAUCGUAUUAUAUUUUAGCUCAACUAUUGUGUUUAUUUAAUAAGUCAGCGGUGUCAGUGGAUGUUACAAAUAGUAAUUCCCCCUUUGUUGCUAAUAAUACUCUUCGUUUUUUUUAAAUAAUCAGGCGAGCUUUGGAAAACAAUAGACAUUAGUAAAUUAUCUGAAACACAACUAACUGGUAACCAUAUGAAGGCUUAAGUAAAUUAAGUAAAUUAAGUCAAUUUAUAUUUUCUUAUCAACCUUCAUUGAAGAGUCAUUAUCUCUCGAAAUGAAGAAAUGCGUAAAGAUGUCGAAAUGAAAACUAUGAACACUUGCUAAAAACAAAAUAAUUAUAGAGGUCUUAACGACUGAUUCAAAUAAAGGUGUUCUCACACA